GCGACCGUCCCCACCCACGGCAUCCCACACCGCCAGCACCUCGCCAACCGCAGCCCGGGGCAACACAGCGCGCGUCCACCGGCAAGCAGACGGCAGCCACAGCGCAACCAGCCCGCCAGCGCCAACCUGCCGCGACUGCGCACCGCGCCCGCAUGCGCCGCGCCGACUGACGGCCGCCCUCUCGCACCCGCCCGCCGCAGCAUGCAAGUCGCGCGCUCGACCGUUGCCCAGUCCUUCCCCUCGGGCUCGUCCUCGCAGCCCGCCAUGUAUGCCAACUCGCCGCACGGCGUCAUGGCCGCGCCCUCCUUCAACCGCUCCUUCUCCGACGCCAAUGGCUACCAGCCGCACUCGAUGGACAAGCCCCAGAUCUACACCGCCGUCUACUCAGGAGUGUCGGUGUACGAGAUGGAGGUGAACCGCGUCGCCGUCAUGCGCCGCCGCUCUGACGGCUGGCUGAAUGCGACCCAGAUCCUCAAGGUUGCCGGUGUCGACAAGGGCAAGCGCACAAAGGUGCUCGAGAAAGAGAUAUUGGUCGGCGAGCACGAAAAGGUCCAGGGCGGCUACGGCAAGUACCAGGGCACCUGGAUCAACUACCGCCGAGGGAGGGAGUUCUGCCGGCAGUACGGCGUCGAGGACGUUCUCCGCCCACUGCUGGACUACGACGUCAGUGCAGACGGGAUCCAAGGCCAGGGAAUCGAAACACCAACCAAGGAGCAAGCCAUGGCCGCCAACAGGAAGCGCUUCUACACCCAGAGCAUGGAUGGUCGCGGCGGGGCCCAGAGCGUCGGCGGCACCUUCUUCUCCAACAUCUCCUCCACAGCUACCAGUGCGCUCGCUGCCAUGAACAAAGUGGCCAGACUAAACUCCCCUGCACCCCCACGCCCCGCGAGCUCUUCACAAGGCCGCAGAUCCAUGGGCCGCCCGCCCCAGGCCCCUAUUGGGAGCCAGGACUCGUUCCGCGCAAGCAGCCAGCAGAGCGUCCAGAGCAUGGCAUCUGAACGCAGUUUUGGGGCCCCCAACGGCCACACCGACUCUGCCUAUGGCACCGGCGUAGACGACAUACAGGAGCCGCCCAGAAAGAGGAUGCGCCCGUCGCAGGAAGAGUCCUUCUCGCAGUCGCAGCCUAAUGGCGGCGAAGUGAUGAUGCAAGAUCACGGCUCUCCUACCGAACCAAACGAGUCUUUUUACCAAACAGGCCUGCCCGUAACCACUCCGGAUGGCGACGUGUCUACCGCGCUAACACCAUUGCCGCAUCCCAGCGACAAGAUGUCCGAGGAGAAGCAGGCGAUGCUGACCGAUCUCUUCGCGGACCAGUCGAGAACAGACUUCACCAACCACCCCGCCAUACUCCACCUUUCCGGAACCGAUCUCGACAUGCCCAUCGACAACAGCUCGAAUACUGCGUUGCACUGGGCGGCAACAUUGGCUCGAGUGUCUCUGAUGCGCCUCCUUGUUUCCAAGGGCGCAAACAUGUUUAGAGGAAACGCGGCCGGCCAAACCCCACUGAUGAGCGCUGUCUCAGUCAACAACAGCCUCGAUCACAGCUGCUUCCCAGAGACCUUGGAGAUACUCGCGCCGCUCAUCGAGCUACGUGAUGCCCAGGGACGGACAAUCCUGCACCACAUUGCGGUCACUUGCGCCAUUAAAGGUCGCGCCGCCUCGAGCAAAUACUAUCUGGAAGCACUCCUGGAGUACCUGGUCAGAAGUAACAUUGGCGCCAGUCAGUCUGCGUAUGAAGGCACCGGCAACUACGCGAAACCCAUCGGCCUGAUGCGGUUUAUGCAGGACAUGGUAAACGCCAGGGACAAAGCUGGCAACACGGCAUUGAAUCUUGCGGCAAGGAUCGGAAACCGGAACAUCAUAUCACAGCUGAUGGAGGUCCAAGCCGACCCUACGAUACCGAACCAUAAGGGCACACGGCCCAUUGACUUUGGUGUUGGGAGCGAUGCUGAUGCCGACCUCCACACGACAAUCAGCAGUCCCAGCAAAGGCAAGGCGCCGUUGAGCAAGGUGGAGGAAACGAGUCGGGAGAUACAGCCGCUCAUGAGCGGCAUAUUACAAAGCGCCAGCAUGCAAUUUACCCAAGAAGCUCGCCUAAAGCAAGACAACAUCGACCGCACCAACGAAGCCAUAGCCCAGCUGUCCGCCCUCCAGAAAACAGAACAGCAAAGAUUAGAGGCGAUAAGAGCACGCAUGCGGGCCAGGCAAGACCGCGCAAAGCGCGUAUCAAAUCUAAAGCGAUGGGUCGAUCUCCAGCGCAAGAGCCUCGCUGUAAGCACAGACGCCAACCUCCGAGAAAAGCGCCAAAUUGGAUACGCCGACAUCGAGGGAUCCAACCUUGCCAUCUCCGCGUCGGAUCUUCCUUCCCAGCUCCUCGUCGCAGGCGAUCACCUCAUCCGCAAGGCCUCUGACGGACCCGCGUACCUAAACACGCCAUUACCCGCCGAUGCAGCCUUUCUCACGCAGACGAACACGAAUACGCUGGCAAAUCUGCCUAGCAUACCGACGCUGAGGAGUAAGCUGGAGGUGUAUACCAAGAUUAACAGCAAACUGGCGGAGCGGAGUAAUAUGCUCAAGGAGAAGGACGGACAGCUGGAAGUUAUGUACCGGAAGGUUGUUUCUCUGUGCACGAAAGUGGACGAAGACAAUGUAGAUAGUGUGCUGGACUUGUUAGUGCAGGCGCUGGAUAGCGAUCCGCUCGAGGGCGCAGAUGUGGGGCGGGUAAAGGAGUUCUUGAGGAAGGUCGAGGGCGUAGAGGCGUGAUAGAAGAUGCUCUGCGCUAGGUGUGUUUUUGGUGAUGCCGUUGGCGUAGGUGUUGUGCGAUGUACAUAUGGAAGCAUGUUGAAGAGUGAAACAUUCAAGGACAACUAUGCAAAAGGCUUUCUACCUCGGUU